AUGGCCGCAUCCGAGGAUACUCCAAAAAUCACGCCAUCGCAGAUAGUCCUCUGUUUCGAUGGGACAGGGAAUACGUUUCGUGCAGAUGGCACGGAGACAAACGUUCUACGAAUCUGUCGGAUGGUAGCGCGGUCGGACCACCAACCGGGAAUCGGGACUGAAAUCACCGCCGGCUCGCUGGCAGCCACGACACUGAAGAAAAGCAGUCGGCUCGGUAAGAGCAAGACGCUGAGCCAGGCCCUGGGAAAGUCGUUCGACAAGCAUGUUCUCGGCGGAUACAGGUUCCUCAUGCGCCACUGCCGGUCUGAUAGUCACAUCUACAUCUUCGGGUUCUCCCGCGGCGCCUAUACGGCGCGGUUCCUCGCGGAGAUGCUGGACUACACCGGUCUGCUCGGUCCGGACAACGAGGAGAUGAUCCCGUUUAUUUGGGAGGCCUUUUCGAGGUGGAAGCUAGCCCGUUUCAACAACACGUCCGAGAAGAGACGCGCAUUCGACUUUAUGCGACAGUGCCGGGAGACGUUGUGUCGUCCGGUGCAGCAGGUGAAGUUCUUGGGCUUGUUUGACACCGUCAACAGCGUCGCGGAUUUCGAGAUCAACAAUAUUAUCACCUCCACCGCGCAGGUAACCCGACAUGCAGUCAGCAUUGACGAACGUAGGGUCAAGUUCCAGCCCGUUCUACUGGGAGAGAACCUGAAAAAUCGGGGAAAAGGCAAGAAACCGUAUGAGCACACGACGCUGACGGAGAAGCAGAAGGAGGAGGCCAGCGUUUUGCCAGGAGAGUGUGUCUCUCAUCCAGCCCCUACUGGCGAGACUUCCACCACGAAGUCUUCCAGAGAUGAUGAUUCGGAGCACGUGGAUCUGUUAGAGGUCUGGUUCCCGGGGGGUCAUGCCGAUAUUGGCGGUGGAUUCCAAAAGGUGGAAGGCGAGCAAUGGCAGCUCAGCCAUGCGCCGCUCGUUUGGAUGGUCCAGGAGGCGCGGCGCGCUGGGCUCGACUUCGACGAGAAGAAAUUGCAUCAGUUCAAGUGUAUCGAGGACGAUGCACCAACUGACGGCUGUGACCCAGACGAGGGAUGGCAGGUGGGCGUUGAUCCGGUGGAAAUUGCAUCGCGGUAG